AUGGCAUCUUCAGUACCGGGACCAGUCCCUCUUCCAGAGUCACGAUACAACCUUUCCACGUACUGGGGCAGAGUGCGUCACUGCUCUGAAAUCGCGGACCCAUUUAUGUUGUUCACGACCAAAGCAGACCUCGAUAAAGCCCGUGGGAUCAUUUCUGCUUACCGUCAUGGUGAACUAAAGCACACUACACCAGAGUUCUGGCACGCAAAGAAACAAUUGGACUCUACUGUGCAUCCAGAUACUGGUGAGACGGUGUUGCUGCCUUUCCGUAUGUCCUGUUGCGUUCUUUCGAACUUGGUCGUGACUGUAGGUAUGCUGACCCCAGGUAUGGGUACUUUCGGUACCAUGUUCUGGCAAUGGGCCAAUCAGUCGCUUAACGUUGCAGUGAACUCCGCCAACGCCAACAAAUCUCACCCAAUGUCAACCCAGCAACUGAUCACGAACUACACCAUGGCUGUUACAGCAUCUUGUGGUGUUGCCGUUGGUCUCAACAAGCUUGUUCCCCGGUUAAAGAAUCUCUCAGCCAAUACUAAGUUGAUCUUGGGUCGUUUGGUUCCAUUUGCUGCUGUAGUCAGCGCCGGUAUCGUCAACGUGUUCCUAAUGAGAGGCGAUGAGAUCCGCAAAGGUAUCACUGUGUAUGACAAGCAUGGUGAUGAUGUUGGCAAGUCCAAAAAAGCAGCCUUCUUGGCUGUUGGAGAAACUGCGCUAAGUAGAGUCAUCAACGCUACGCCUAUCAUGGUUAUCCCACCUUUACUCCUCGUUAAAUUGCAGAAGGGUGUUUUGAAGGGCAAAUCUAUGGGUGUUCAGACCGUAGCCAACCUUGGAUUGAUCUUGGCGACCUCUUUCGCCGCUUUACCUUUUGCAUUGGCAGUGUUUCCUCAAUAUCAGUCUAUCCAUGUUAACAAGUUGGAGAAAGAAUUAUGCGGUAAGAAGGACAAGAACGGAGAACCCAUCGACAAGGUGUAUUUCAACAGAGGUAUUUAG